GUGUGCGUUCUUGUGGGUCUGCUUUUUUGUUUCAGCGCUGUGUCUCACUCAGUGAUGUCGGAGAUGCAGAUGAUCGAACAGGAGACCCCAGUCAGUGCAAAGAGCUCCUGUCGCUCAAAGCUGGACAUGUUUGAUGAACCAGGCUUCACCUCUGGACCUCCAAAGUACAAGGACAACCCGUUUACAGUGGAGACGGCUUUGGAUCUCGGUGGGAUUCUGAUGGAGGAACAGCCUCCUUUUCCACCUCCUGGGCCCUGGAGAAAGAAGACCCCAAAGAGGAGGUUACGAUCUCUAGUAUUCAGCCAUAGGAGAGAGACUUCCCAGCAGAAGAAAAGCUGAGGUGUCGGGGCCUGUAUCAGAAUCAAGUGAGGCCAGGCAGAAGUUCGCAAACGCCAAGGCCAUCUCCUCCGACAUGUUCUUCGGUCGAGAGAGCAGCGCUGAGUACGACGCCAAGACAAGACUGGAGAGUUUGUCUGGCAGCACCUCCAUCAGUUCAGCUGACCUGUUCGGCGACGGGAGUGACCAGAAAGGGAGGAUGUCUGGAUUUGACGGCGUUCUUCCCUCCGGUCCAGACAUUGCACAGUUCAAACAAGGAGUGAAGACCGUCGCAGGAAAGAUGGCUGUCCUCGCCAACGGCGUCAUGAAUACCAUCCAGGAUCGCUACGGCUCUUACUGAACGUCAUCACCAGAUGACCUGCGAGAAGAUCGACUGUGGCCAGACGUCGUCCCAACCGCGGUGAUCUGGAAUUCGAACGGCUUGCAGGAGAACAGAAGUAGAUCUUCUUGCCUCGCCCGUAGAGACUCUGAACAGGAGUGCGACAGUACUUUCUCCUCUCAUCCUCAUUAGCAAACAGUUUUAUUUUCUUAAACCAUGGAGGGGGCGGUGUUUUCUAAAAGAAGACUUUUAUUCUAAUUUGCUGUGGAGAACUUUUUUUGGUCUUACAUUUUCAGAGUUAAAUUUUUCUUGUGAAUACAGAAAAAGCUGCAGUGUUACUUUGAACAAGAAUCCACUCCAGUGUUCAUUUCGCUGUUCGUUUUUACCGUUUGUUAGCAUGAACUUUCUGUCUGAGGAUUUAAUAUUGGACGUCCUUGCUGCUGUUUAUUUAUUAUCUUUUAAGAGCGUUUAAGUCAACGGGACAAAUGGCAAAUCAGCCUAAUUAUUCGAACCACUGUGACGGUUAAACAGAUGUUUCAAAUUUAUAAAGAAGAGCCAAAUGGUGCCUAAAGGAUCGUACCAGCCGUAAUGUUUGAGCCCACAAUAAACUGUUAGCGUACAUGUUGCCGAGUCCCAGUUGGUUCAGCUCGGUGUGGAAUUAAAGUCACGUUGUUGUCGUUCUUUCGGCUGAACGGACAGUGUGUAUGUGUGGGGCCGCGGUGAUGUCACAGCCUUUUGUCAGUACUGCAAAUUUGUGAAAUUAAACUUGAAACUGUUCAGAACGGA